CGCAGAGGAGGCAGGGAAUCGGCCGGGCCCCUGCUCCUGCUCCUGCUCCCGGAACCCGGCGCCUAGAAGGCAGGCUUACCCCAGCCAAAGCCCUCGCCAUUCCCGCGGGGGCAAGGGGCGGGUGCUACCCUGACUGCCACACCCAGCCUCCGCCCUGGGCGGUGCACGAGCGAGCGUGUGUGUGCACGGCCCGUCUGCACACCUUGGGAUAAAGGCUGCAGAUUCAGCGGGUUCAUGGAGUCGCAGAAAGAGCAGUGGCCUUGUACCCAGGAAAGGACUCAAACUGCAGAUAACCCCUCAAAUCACGUCCAGAUGUCCCAGUUUGAUGCUUGGAACUUUGGCAGGGAGAAGCAAUCUGCUUCAACAGAUGACUACCGAGCGCCUCCUUUGUGCUUUGCACUCUUCUCUGUACCAAUGAGCAAAGACGUCUGCCCCUCCGGGCCUUGGGUCUCCCAGGUUCUAAUACUGGGGGCUCCGAUCCCCACUGACAUGGUGGCUUUCUUCUCAGGGCCUUCUCUCCCAGGACACCGGCCAGCAUUCAAAAUGUGCCAGGAACCAACCACCAGAGAAUAGAUUUUCCCCUUGUCCAAAUUCGUGGGGUAACAAAUUUAUGCAGACACCUUAAAUCAGUCCUGCAAUAUUUAUUGUACCCUCUUCAGGGCUUACUCUUGUGCUAGGCCCUGAGUCUGAGGAGUUCACUAAAAAUUAAAAUGUAGGGUGGACAGCAAGGUGUGUUACAGAGAAGAUGAUACUGGAGAUUUGAGUUGGACUGUCACGCCUGAGUAGGAUUUUGCCAGAAGAGAGAUUUUUCUGGAUAUUGAAAAUAGCAUGUGCAAAGGCCCUGAGGCCCAAAAGAGCCUGCCGUGCUCUGGGGUAGCUGGGUACCAAGAGAUGAAAAGAGAAGGCAGAGAUCAGACCAUGCAGGAUCUUCAAAGCCACCCUAGAGUCUGGACAUGACUAGAGGCAGGUAGGGGAUGGAGCAGACUCACUUUGGAGUCACUGAGAAGUCCAGGUUGGAGGGGAAUAUGGCUGCAGUGGUCGGGCUAGAGGCCUAAAGUGACUUCAGACAGCACAGUGGUUAGCAUCAUGGGGUUUGGAGCCAAUCAGAUCUGCGUUCAGGUGGUGGCACUGCUCUUAAUAGCUGUAUGACCUUGUGUCAGUUUCCUCGUCUGUGAGGGAGUCACACCCACUUGUGCAUAAAGUGGCUGUGAGGACUGAAUGUGUGUAAAGCGCUCAGCACUGAGCGCCAGCAGGUAGUAAGUCCGAGGUUUGUGUGGACUUUGGUGUUGGGAUCUGAGGAGGAGGCAGGCAGUGGAGGUGGAGAAAGGUCAGCAUCAGCAGUAGGAAGGGCAGAAGCUGGGGAAGUGAGGGGGUCACCAAUGACCCACGUUUCUAAUUUGGGUGAUAGGGUGAAGGAUGAGUCAGGGAGAAGAAAGAGGGGGUUAUCGAGAGAUGAGAGACUGGAAAGGAAGACGGGUCAGACAUGCAGAGCCGUGUGGGCCACACUAGAGUCGGGACACAGGGUGUGAACUUGAGGUGCCAGUGGAUUCCCCUGCUGUAGCAAGGCGUCGGUGGACAUUAUGGAGACACAGGGUGAUGUAAACCAAUACCAGCUCCAGGCGGCACAAGAGGAAGAUGAGAUGGAGGCAGAUAUCUUGGAAGCGGCAGCUGUGGAGGAACUGGAGAAAGAAUUGCUAGAGCUGGAGCCCAGCCACAAAGCAGACCUGGACCCGGAUCUGGACCCAGAACCGGAGCUGGAGGCAAAACCGGAGCCCGAGGCAUUGCUGCCGUCUGCUCUGUGCCCAGCACUCACGCUGGAGCCCGAGGAAGAGCUGGACAUGGGGCCCAACUUGAAGGUGGCUGACUUGGAGUCCUGCAGUGAAGACCCUGAGCAACAGGGGUACAGGAUAGAGUGCCUCCCCCGCUACAUGGAGAGGCUAAUGCAGCAGGACAUGAGCCAGUGGAGUGUGAGGUCAAACUCCAGCUACCUGAGUUCCACAGAGGAGGACCAGGUGUACCCCGACCAUCGCUCCAUCCGUGUGCAGACCUCCAAGCACCUCUUCCGGGCAGACAAGCUCAUCCAGGCCUCAGAACACAGCCUGCAACGGGCGAUCAGCAUGCAGCCUAGGAAGAAGAGCAUGAGUGAGACCACCAGCUGCUCGGACCAGGAGUUGGUCUUCAAGGACACCUUGUGCUCUGAGAAGCAGCUGCAGAACCCCAGCCCCCAGCCAGCGCUUCCAGCCACAGGCUCCCAGCAGCCGCCAAGCCCCUGCCUAUCUUCCUCCAAUCUCUCACCAGGCCUUAGCCUGGCAGAGCUGAUCAACUUCGCAACUUCCCUGGCCAUGGCCUCCUCCGGCAAGGUAGACUUGCUCAACUUGGAGCACAUGAUCAAAGAUCCACCCAAGAAGGUCAUGGAGCCUUCCACAGAGCCCGCCGUGGAUCCCACCACCCAGCCGGCCAUGGAGAAGCCAGAGCGGGAGGAGCCCACCGAGGAGACCCAGCCGGCCAUGGAGAAGCCAGAGCGGGAGGAGCCCACUGAGGAGCUGGAGAAACCACUUGAAGCCGGGGAGCCGCAAAAAGCUUGGAAGCAGGGAGAUGAGAAUGUCCCGUGCCCUUCCUUUGACUUCAGCAAGCCGGGGGUCAAGAGGGCCACCAUCGAAGGGGAAGUGAAUCUUCUCCAGCCCUCAACCAUGUCCCCUAGGUUGCAAAGAGCCAUGAACGACUCGGUGCCGGGAACCAAGAAAGGGAGUCCAUUAUUGCUGAAAAUCCAUUUUAAGCUGUCAUCCCCAACUUCCCCAGAGAAAUGACUAGACAAAACCAGUAAAACCUCCAGUGCUGGCCCCCG